UACAUUACUCACUUUUCAGCAUUUCUUUACUCUUGAGAGUGAAUUGUUGACCAAAAAAAAAAAAAAAAGAGAGUGAAUGGGAAGUAGAUCAUCGAGAGAGAGACACGAAAAAACAAAAAUGGUUGAAAAGUUGGUUGACACAUCGAAACCCAAACAGGAUCUGAAAGACAAUCUUCUCAAGGACGAAAAGAAACCAUCAGCACGGAAGAUCGAGUUGAAGGAAGCUGUGUACAAGUUCGAUCGAAAGGAGUACAGGUCUGUGAAAAAGAAGACUAGCUCUGGCUCUUGGAGACUUAAUACUGGUGCUGAUAAGGUCAUCAAUGCCAAAUGGCUUACCGCUUCUAAUUGGCUAACUGAUGCUGAGAAAGUUAGCCAAGGUGUCGCCAUUAUGAGGACGCGUAAGUUUUAUCAAGGUGAUGCUAAAGUUUUGACUCCUUGGGUUAUGUAUGAGCUCCAUCUCGCUUUCUUGGAUCCUGCUCAGGUGGACUUUGUUAGGAAGACCUAUGUUAUCUGUAACGUAACUUAUACUGGUGAACAAGGAGACAUCAAGAAACGUGGUGGUAAUAAUGAAUUUGAGCAGCCAGGACUUAUUGACCAUAAAGAUCUCUCUCCCUGUGACAAAAGCAGUCCUAAUGCGCAGGUUUCACUAUUUCGUUUCCGAUCAGAAUCUCAUGGAUUGUUUAUUACAGAGGAAGCAGUGGAUAGGAACCGAAAGAAACCACCAAAUACUUAUCUCAAGAACAUGAUCGUAGGCAUCAUACUCUUGCUGGCUCUCACUGGCAAAACCAUAUCAUCAGUCUCUUUAGAUAACUCAAAGAUAACAAAUGUCAGUGGCCUCUGUGAGCCCUGUCGCUGCUUCAAUAACAUUCAAACGAACUCCAAUUUGUCCUCGUCCAUUUCCGGCGACACACAAACAAACAGGGCCGCAUUUGAUCUCAUUCGUCGUUUCACAGCUUUCCAUUCCUUCAUCGUUUCAUAUCUGAUGAGAGUCACGGUCCCUCCGGUUAAGGUCCAUCAAGUGUUCAUUAAUUUCCGGGGAGAGGAACUGCGCUACAACUUUAUCAGUCACCUCGGUGAUGCCUUCGAGAGGCACAACAUCAAGUUGUUCGUAGACAAGUAUGAGCAGCGAGGCAAAGACUUAAAAAAUCUCUUUGUGAGAAUCGAAGAGUCGAGCAUUGCAUUGGCAAUCUUCUCCACUAGAUAUCCAGAGUCUAAGUGGUGUAUGGAUGAGUUGGUGAAGAUGAACAAACUUGCGGAUCUAGGAAAGCUAAGAGUCAUUCCAAUAUUCUACAAGGUGGAGGCAGGAGACGUUAGAAAACAAACAGGUGACAGUGAGUUUGGUAAAAACUUUUGGAGGCUAGCGGAAGCUUCUAGUGGAGAUCAGAUCAAGAAAUGGAAAGAAGCCUUGGAGGGUAUUACCAAUAAGAUGGGUUUGUCUUUAGGAGACAACAGCGUUGAAUCCGAUUCUGUCAAGGAAAUAGUUGAGGAGGUGCAGAGAGUUAUAGAAUUAAUUGGACUAGAGGAAGAAGUUUAGGUCUCCUAAAUCAUUGAAUUUUCCGAUUUCAAGAGGAGCAAGUAAUUAGCAAAACCAAAUGUUGUGACGUAAUUAGGGGAAGUGUAUUAGAAUAAUAGCCCUCUUUAACUGUUUUUUUUUGUGUCUAUUUUUGUUGUUUCUUGUGAGAAAUCAUGAGAAUUGUAGUGUAUGUAAGCCUUCGAAGGUCUUGAUAGAAAAAAUUCAUUAAUUCUCCAUUAAGAGAAGCAUUGAGACAUGAUUACGAAAACAAAACAAAGCUUUGAUUAUGA